AUGUCGAAAGUUAUAGUGCAAAGGUCUGAAAACGUAAAUGAUAAUGCUCCUAUUCAUGUUCAAGUUAAUGAUACCCAAAUGAGGUGGACAAUUCAAGAUUUUGAAAUCGGACGACCGCUUGGAACAGGCAAAUUUGGACGUGUUUAUCUUGCAAGAGAAAAAAGAACGAAAUUUAUAGUUGCUCUUAAAGUCCUUGAUAAAGCGGAAAUUAAAAAGUCAGAAGUUGAACAUCAAAUCAAAAGAGAAAUUGAAAUUCAGGCACAUUUAAAGCAUCCAAAUGUUCUUCGCUUGUAUGGAUAUUUUUAUGACAAAACACGAGUUUAUCUAAUUCUUGAAUAUGCUUCUGGCGGAGAAUUGUUCAGAAGUUUACGUGAAAAGCAUCAUUUUGAUAAUACAACAGCUGCAAAAUACAUUUAUCAGAUGUGCAAUGCAAUUAUUUACCUUCAUUCAAAGCAUGUAAUUCAUCGAGAUAUUAAACCUGAAAACAUUUUAAUUGGAUCCAAUGGUGAUCUUAAAAUUGCUGACUUUGGUUGGUCAGUUCAUGCUCCAUUCUCAAGAAGAACCACUCUCUGUGGAACUCUUGAUUAUUUACCUCCUGAAAUGAUUUCUGGUGAAGAGCAUGAUGCUAGUGUAGACAUUUGGAGUCUAGGUGUAUUAUUAUAUGAAUUUCUAGUAGGAGCACCUCCUUUUGAAUGUGCAGAUCAAGAAACUACAUGUGAGAGAAUAAAGGAAGCAAAAUUUGAUUUUCCAGACAGCAUUGAUGAAGAUGCACGUGAUUUAAUCAGCUCCUUCCUGCAAAGAGAUCCUUCGAAGAGAAUUACUCUUGAAUCAGCAAUAGAGCAUCCAUGGAUCAAGAAAAAUAUGCAAGAGAGUGUGUGA